AGCACUAUGAACCAUGGAAGCAGACGGAGCAUAAGACCGGUAACUUCAUCAUCAUUUACGGGAUUUCCGUGCUAAAUCAGUAAAUCCGCAUUUACGAAAUCCGCGGCUUUAUUUAGGUCAAAUUCAGGUUAAAUCCGGCUCCAAAUCCCUCCUUUGGGAUUUCCAGUAGCUCCUUUUCAAUUCCAAUAGAUAUUUUGAUUCAGACAACGAUUAGAGAUCUACUGUAGCUUCUUUUCAAUUCCAAUAGAUUUUCCGAGGAUUCGUUCCCAUAAUCCCAAUGGGAGACUGGCAGGAUCUCGGCCAGGCCGUGGUCGUUGGGCUUAUAUUUUCUUACCUGGUCGCCAAGCUUAUCUCCACUGUUAUUUCCUUUCGGCAAGAUCAUCUUAGGGUAGCGCGCGAUAAGGACCACCCGGUUGGCGAAACAUCGGAAGCUGAUAAAGCAUCGGAGGAAGGUAACGAGGAAAACGCCGGGGACCAAAGCUCAUCCUUAGCCGAUGAUGACAGGUAUCGGGUCAGAGAUGAUGGUUUUGAGGGUUUAGUCACGGAAGAGAGUCAUUUAGGGGAGGAUGAUGAUGAUUGGGAAGGAAUUGAGAGUACAGAACUGGAUGAGAUGUUUGGCGCGGCCUCGGCUUUUGUUGCCACCACUGCUGCAGACCGGAACUCGACCAAGGUAUCCAAUGACGUCCAGCUGCAGCUAUACGCCUUUUAUAAGAUUGCCACAGAAGGUCCCUGCAUUGCUCCUCAGCCUUCAGCAAUCAAAGUUACUGCUCGUGCUAAGUGGAAUGCUUGGCAAAAACUAGGCGCAAUGCCUCCAGAAGAAGCAAUGCAAAAAUAUAUUGAGACUGUGGAGAUGCUUUUUCCUUCUUGGUCAAGUGGUCUAGCUAAGAAAAAUGAACAUGAAGAUGCUUCCUCCUCUAGUUCGGCCACACAAGGAACAAUGGGGCCAGUUUUCAGCAGUUUAAUCCUUGAGGAGGGAUCAGAAAAUGAUCUGAGGCUAGAUGCAAUUCAUGAUUCGGCUCGAGAAGGAGAAGUUGAUAGCUUAUUGAAGAACAUCGAAAAUGGUGUUUCAGUGGAUCUGAGAGAUAGCGAAGGUAGAACCCCAUUGCAUUGGGCUGUAGAUCGUGGACAUCUAAAGAUCGUUGAGAUACUUCUCAGCAAAAGCGCAGAUGUGAAUGCUAAGGACAAUGAAGGCCAGACCUCUCUACAUUAUGCUGUCAUCUGUGAGAGAGAGGAUUUUGCAGAGUUGCUAGUAAAAAAUGGCGCUGAUACUGAAAUAAAGGAUAAUGAUGGUAAUUCCCCAAUCGAUCUCUGCAGCUCUCCUUGGAAUUUUAUGACUCCUGCAAAGUAGUUGAUUUCAGAAAGUAAAUUAAAAUAACUAAACCCUGAAAAGUGAUUUUUAUAUACUUGUGUGAAUAUCAGCUUUCUGUCUGCCUGAGCUCAGGCUGACUUCAGUUGAUAGGCAUGUUUUUAUGUAGUUUUGGUUUAAGAAUUCUCCUGGAAGUGCCCAGUUUUUUCAGUGGCCAAUCUGUAUUUCUUUAUCUUUAAGGAACUGAACUUUCAUAAUUGCAUCAAACAAACCAGUUUAGUCUGUUGAGUAGCAUAAUGAUGUUUCAAAAAAUUGGGAAUUUUACAUGCGUACCGCACAAUUUUUAUGUA